CACUCGAGAAAACACGGAAGUCUCAAAAAAUUCGCCUGUUUUUUCCUGUCAAGCAGCAGCACCGUGGAGAUCCGUCACAUGAUUGCAGUGAUAUGGAGACGUCUUCUUUCCAGAUGACCUGAGUUGGAUCAAAGUAAAACCGUAUCGAGUUUGCAGAAUAUCAGCGUUACAUCGUGCCAUGGAGAGAUUAGAAGCUACAUCAGAGCUCCAGUCACGGCUGUCAUCCCUCUCCUUCUCGUCUUUUCCCGGAAUAACAUCCAAACAGUGCGACAACAGACCGCUUGACAGGCUGCAGAAUACAGAUCUUUCACAGAGCUUUGUCCAAUCUGAUAACCAGGCUAAUAUGGAUGAAACCAAGGAAGAUUCAAGGCAGUGUUCAGAGGGUAAUGAAGAGGCCCCUGCUGAGCCGGCCCUGGGGGAAGGAGGCAAGGAGAACAACAGUGCUGGGAGCUGUCAGCUCUCCUCUGAGAUGAAAGCCCAGAUGCCGCCCCUGAAACCUCCGACAACAUGGACAUCUGCUGCACUAAAGGAGCUCAAGGCAAAGCUUCGACUGGAGAAGGACAGCGUGGUGACAGUGUACCGAGGCGACAUCAUGACAGUUCACGUGCCCACUGUUCCCGAGGCCAAAAAAGUGUGCUGGGAGUUUGCUACAGACGGUUAUGACAUUGGCUUUGGAAUCUAUUUUGACUGGACUCCUGUCACAAACCGGUCUAUCACAGUGCACAUCAGUGAGUCGAGCGACGACGAAGAUGAAGAGGAGGAGCUGGAAGGGCCUGUCAGUAAUGGAGAUGUUGAGAAGGGCUCCAAAAGUCAAACCAACUCAAACUUGGCUGAAAUCUUACCUGUAUAUCGUCAGGACAGUCACUUGUCUGUCUACGGGGGGAGCCACGAUUUUCCAGGUGAAGGCACUUACCUGCUGAAGUUUGACAACUCCUACUCACUAUGGCGAAAUAAAACUCUUUACUACAGGGUUUAUUACAGUGCCUGAGAUGUCAAUCUAUUGUUUAAGAAUGAUAUUCUUAAUAACAAUGAAUUAUUUUUGAUUCCAUACUUGGGAAAAAAAUUAAGUUAUAAUAUAAAAAGUUAAAUAUAGGCAUAUCUAUUUUUAUCACUACCAGCUUGUGUUGCCACAUGUUGAAUUUACAUAUAUUGUCAGAUAGUUCUGCUCCAACAUUUGCUCCAAUAUCUUGCUGAUAUAUAUUUAAAGAAGCCUUGCAUAGGUGCCAUGUUCCCAUGUAUGCACUGUGCUAUUUGGUCAAGUGCCCAUCAUAAAACAUAUAUUGUCUUCUGCCGUAAGAUUUCUAUGGUAGCAGUGAUCAGGGAACACCUGCAGAGAAUAUAUUUCACCAGGCCAGGUGCUUAAUCAGCAGUGCUCUAAAGAAAUGGAGGUUUUCCGUUGCGUGUGUGUAUGCGUGCACUUUUUAUGAUUAUGAUUGUUCUGUUGCUUUGUUGUUGUUACUUUUAUUUAUCCUCCUGCUUUGUAGCGUAAAUUAUUUUUUAUCUGUGCUAAAUCCAAUCGUGAUAAUGGAAAAUACAAUUAUGAACACAACCUCUGUGCACAGACAUGUUUUCUAUCAUAGUGGUGUGUUGGUAAAAGAUUUAAGUUGAAUGUACUGAAGCAAGUGGUGACAGUUUUUCAGAGUGUGCUUUUUAUGACACAAAUAAAAGCCAUCCCUUAUCACAUAAAGCUCUUAUUAUGUAAUAUAGAUUCAAUAUUUACAUUUGCCCUCCCACCUUUUACUUUGCUGUUUCGGAAAUAGGGAGCAGUUGUAAUAGUUAAUCUAAAUGUAUUUUGUGCGCUGCAGGUCUAUGGAAGUGAAAGUCAGUGUGUUUUGAAUAUCCUCCGUGCAUCAAUCCACUACUUUGGAUUUGGUUGUGUUGGAUAGCUUUGUUUCAUCCUGUUUUUAAUAUCAACGCUUCUACCAUGUUCACUUGUGCGCAUGUUUCCAAAGAUGUCACAGAUUUGGCUGCUAACACCGUACACAAUGUAAAGCAACCGGUUUAAAGCCUCCCAUGUUUGCUGUACUGUACCUUCACUGUAGGUUAUGAUAAUAUUUGUUCCUGAAAUUUAUAUUCCACAAUAAAGAGAAGAUUGUCUAGUU